UUACCUCUGAUUCUCCAUGUCCUGCUCAAUAUGACGCUUCAAACUAACCUCAGUGUGAUUCUCCUGCAGCUCUGCUCUCACUGAUGAGCUGCACAACAAACCAGGUGACGCUGAACCUGAGUCCCAACAGAUCUCAGUUUUUUAGAGGAGAUUCUGUUUCUCUGAGCUGUGAGGAUGAAGACAGUUCUGCUGGAUGGACUCUGAGGAGAAACACCACCAGAGAAACCAGACGUGUAUGUGGACUUGACUGGGGAAAAGGAUCUGGUUCCAGCUGUACCAUCGAUCCAUUAAUUCAGUGGGACAGUGGAGUUUACUGGUGUGAGUCCAGCCAGGCAGCAGCCAGUCAGAGCAUCAACCUCACUGUUCCUGGUGGAUCAGUGAUCCUGCAGAGUCCUGUCCUCCCUGUGAUGGAGGGAGAUCCCCUCACUCUGAGCUGUCGAUCAAAGCACGGCUCCCGCCUCCCAGCCGCUUUCUAUAAAGAUGGCUCCCUCAUGGGGACUGAGCCCGGAGGUCACAUGACCAUCCUCCAUGUUUCCAGGAGUGAUGAAGGUCUCUACAGGUGUAACAUCAGCAGUCAUGGAGAGUCUCCAUCCAGCUGGAUCUCUGUCACAGGUAAACCUACAACCUCAGCCCCGCCCCCUUCCUCCGCUCCACCCCCUUCCUCAGCUCCGCCCCCUGUCUCCUCCUCCCUCCGUCUUGUCUUCAGGCUGCUCUGCCACCUGCUGGUGUUCUGUCCAUACUUCAUCUCUACUGUCCUCAUGGUGUCUUUGUAUCGACACAGAGCUACAGUCUCCAUGGCGACAGCACCUCCCCUCCAUGCUGAGAGGGGAUUGGCUGAUGACCUCGGGGCCAUCCAGCAUCACUUCUGA